UACAUACUCACCCCGCUCUUCUUCUCCAUCGUCAGAUUUAGCGAUUUCACCUCCAUUUUCUUCGAUCAGUGUUAGAACCAGAGCCUACAUAGCUCUCACUCUAAAGUUUACAAGCAUAAUGGUGAAGAUUUGCUGCAUUGGAGCUGGAUAUGUUGGUGGUCCAACUAUGGCGGUCAUUGCUCUAAAGUGUCCAUCUGUUGAAGUAGCCGUUGUUGAUAUCUCUGUGCCACGGAUCAAUGCCUGGAACAGCGAUCAGCUUCCCAUCUAUGAGCCUGGUCUCGAUGAUGUGGUUAAGCAGUGCCGUGGAAAGAAUCUCUUCUUCAGCACUGAUGUUGAGAAGCAUGUGAGAGAGGCUGACAUUGUUUUUGUGUCUGUCAACACCCCGACUAAGACCCGUGGUCUUGGAGCUGGCAAAGCUGCGGAUUUGACUUACUGGGAGAGCGCUGCUCGUAUGAUUGCCGAUGUUUCGGUUUCUGACAAGAUUGUUGUUGAGAAAUCAACUGUUCCUGUCAAAACCGCAGAGGCAAUUGAGAAGAUUCUUACACACAACAGCAAAGGAAUCAAAUUCCAGAUUCUGUCAAACCCUGAGUUCCUUGCUGAAGGAACUGCUAUUGAAGACCUUUUCAUGCCUGACCGUGUCCUCAUCGGUGGUCGUGAAACACCUGAAGGCUUUGCAGCCGUCAAAGCUUUGAAAGACGUUUAUUCCCAAUGGGUCCCUGAAGAGAGAAUCCUCACCACCAAUCUCUGGUCUGCCGAGCUUUCCAAGCUUGCAGCUAACGCCUUCUUAGCCCAGAGAAUCUCAUCAGUCAAUGCAAUGUCUGCUCUCUGUGAAGCAACUGGCGCCAAUGUCUCAGAGGUCUCUUACGCUGUGGGCAAAGACUCUCGGAUUGGUCCCAAGUUCUUGAACUCAAGUGUGGGAUUCGGAGGAUCUUGUUUCCAGAAAGAUAUUCUCAACUUAGUUUACAUUUGCGAGUGCAACGGCUUACCCGAAGUUGCUGAGUACUGGAAACAAGUCAUCAAGAUCAACGACUACCAGAAAACCCGAUUUGUUAACCGCAUUGUCUCUUCAAUGUUCAACACAGUCUCCAACAAAAAGAUUGCGGUUCUCGGGUUCGCUUUUAAGAAAGACACUGGAGACACAAGAGAGACUCCAGCCAUUGAUGUCUGCAAAGGUCUGUUAGGUGACAAAGCUCGUCUCAGCAUCUACGACCCACAAGUCACUGAAGACCAGAUCCAAAGAGACUUAACCAUGAACAAAUUCGACUGGGACCACCCGCUUCAUCUCCAGCCCAUGAGCCCCACCACUGUGAAACAAGUCUCAGUCGCUUGGGACGCAUACACUGCAACCAAAGACGCCCACGGUAUCUGCAUUUUAACCGAGUGGGACGAGUUCAAGAAACUCGAUUUCCAGCGGAUCUUUGAGAAUAUGCAGAAACCGGCUUUUGUUUUUGACGGUAGAAACGUGGUCGAUGCUGACAAACUCAGGCAGAUUGGGUUUAUUGUUUACUCCAUUGGUAAGCCAUUGGACCAGUGGCUCAAGGACAUGCCUGCUCUUGCCUAAACAACAACCAAACCUCUUCCUUAGCUUAUUUCUCCAUUUUUUCCGAAUUCUCAUGAGUUUUUCCAUAUAUCUUUAACUAUGUUUUGAUCAAUAAUUGUUGCUUUUUUUUUUUCUUCGUUUUAUGAAUUCCAACAGAGAUUUUAGGUUUGGUUUUUGUUGGUAAUUAUGUACCUUGGGUUAUCAAAUAUUGUAAGCUUUUCGAGUAUUAUUUUCAUAAUAUAAAAGUUUUCCCUA